CAAAGGCACCUCGUAAGUUCUUCUUCUUGUUAACCUUCUUCUUCUUGGACUUGCAAGAAUCUUGACUCUUAUCGACUUUAUGUCCAUGGAUCAUACCAUGCAGUUUCGAACCAAUAAGAUAGCAAAGAUAAGAAUCAAUGGUGAUGAACAUUGUCUUCUCAUCCGUAUACACAUUAUAAUAACAGCACAAGGGUUCUUCUUCAUCAUACCAGUCCAGCUUCUCUUCCGGCCUCUCCACGUCAAAGUGCUUCCCCAGCACUGUCUUCGCCAACUUGUCAAGAUUGUACCGCCACAGAUCCACCUUCUCCCCUACCUCCUUCAUCCCUUCCUCCGCCAUCGCCCUAAGGUCCAACGCCUUCUUCAGCUCGAUCCCGUGGUGCUUCUCCAGCUUUCCCUUCACCUUUUCGAUCUCCAUUCCCACCGCGAUAACCCUAGGGUUGGCGAAGAAGUCGCAGAGGGGCCUAGGGUUUUGCUUCGCUUUGUAAGAGUCAGCUUGUCCGGGAAGAGGGUAGAGGAGGCAGUGAGAGCCAACGCAGAGGGAGAUGAAGUCGUAGCCUUGGUCCUUGACGCCCCGCUUGGUGUACUUGGUAAAUUGGUGCUCAGCGGUUACGCCGACAAUGACCGGGGUGUUUUUGGGAGUGGACUUGAGCACUUUGGUGAGCCACUUAGAGAGCGUUUGGGAAGAGGUGGUGUUGAUGCAGAGGAUGCGUUGGUCGUCGGCAUAAACGGUGUAAGGAUAAUAGCGGAAAGUGGGGUCGUAAGUCUCGACUUCGGUGAUCAUGCUGGGUUCAAUGCUGAUCUUGAAACCCAUUGUUGUUAGUGGUUGUAGGAUCAGGGACUUGCAACGGUUGUCGGCCGGGGUGGUAGAAUCUGCAAAGAUACUCCGCAGAAUGGAUCUGAAAGGUAUAAAGUAUGAAGAAUGACCAUCGAAGAACUCUACCCACAACGGUUGGAGAAAGGGUUCUGUGUGCACCCUCACAAAUGCGGAGAGGAUCUUGUGCACAUGAAAUCUGGGCAUUUGUUUUGUAUGGAGAAUUGUCUACUGAAGUUGUCCUUUAUGCCACAUUCAUGUUUAGCUCAACUGGCUUCAGUUUGUCCUAAAAAUUCAGGUACUCAGUUCUAUCAUGGCUUUGGUUAUAUAAUGUGGGUAUUUGGAUUUUCUUUCUGAUUCUUUUAUUAUUUGGGAAAAAACAAUACAUGAGUUGGGUUUUGAUAGAGGCGAGUUGGUGUUAUGUGAGUAUGCGAGUGUGCAUCUGUGUGCUAGAUUAUAUGUCUGUAAUUGUUGACAUGAAAAUUAUAAAAUUGAAGAAGAUAAAAUGAACUGGGUUGCCAUGUAGGAGCGUUUCUGUAAUAUUAGCAUUUGAAGGCUGUGUUUAUGUUCAUGUAUGAUGGAUUUUCGAUGUUUUUGGUUUUGAAGGUUUAAACUGGGUUUCAUUGUGUUUUCAUGGUUUUUCAUAGUAGUCCCUUUAAAGUUUACUUCUCCUUACUACAGGAUUUACUAUAUCCAUGUCCAUUUCAAUUACACUUUUGAUGUACACUUUGCUAUACAAAUUGAAGCAUCUUGAAGUAGUUUCAUUACUAGUUUCUGCCAAAGAUCAUUUUCUUUUCUAGGUUGUGUUGUUUAAAUAUAGUCAUUGGCAAUGCUUUAAUUUAUUAU